UGCAGAGCUUUUGUGUGCCUACCUGAACUUGAGCACCUGGUAGGCGAUUUUCAAUGCCCAGCUUGGCCCACGGUAGGCAGUCUGAGCGAGACAGUCUUCAAGUACCUAUCUACUCCAUCAAUACACGGGUAGGUACUGUCUCGGGCUGUCACCGGAGUGUGGCAACAAAUCGGGGUUGGUGAGCUGUAUAAGAGCAGGUCAGACUUUCUGGCAUCCAAGAACCGCAGAGCAUAACUUCACCCACAAAUUUUUCCAAGAUUUUGAUAAACAAUGCUCAGGCUACUGCUGAUCUACCUGGCGUAUUGCGCCUUGAAUGUCUUCUCUGCACCUCCUUCAUCUGCAGAUCAUCGAACGGACCAUCAGAGCCAGUCCCAAGUCCUUAAACUUGGUGAUGACAAACCUUGUACUUGGGAUGAUACCUUCGGUGAAGUAGAUUGCGGGGCAUUCACUAUCACGUUUGGCGACGGUAGUUUCCUGGGCUGGAAACUCUACACCACCCUUCGCCUCCCAAACUUCUCGGUUCACUUCGAUCUCAACUGCACACACAUGGGUGACGUUUGGACAACUGCUCCAAAUGCCCCUGGGCUCCCCUACGUAGUCUCGAUUCACGGCGGUAACGGGUGCAUCUCAACGGACUUCUGGUGGACCGAUUGGGACAACCUCUGGAUCAAGUAUGCAAAUCAGUGGGUCGAUGUGGCCAGCGAUUCAAGAUGCACAAGUGUGUAUUGGAAUAGAAAGGGGAGGAGAUGCGUUAUUGAGACCAGACCCGCUGAUCCACAACCCAAAUCUGGUGUGGAAGUUGGCGGGGCAACGGUCAGGGGCUAG